UUACUUCUCAGUUGUCAAAAGUCUGACACAACAACUGCUAUCAGUAAGGGUUUAUUUAUUUGGUUUUGUGCCAGUUUCUGUGCUCCAAGUUGGCGAAACCACGUCGGAAUAAUGAAAAUGCCGCCUGCCAGUGUGGAAAAUCAAAAUUCCGCCCUCCUAUCGACCGAGGAAAACCUACAAGUGUUCAAAUUGUUGGGCAAUCGGUGCCAAACCAUCGCCACCACAGUGGUGCAACUUUUCCUCACGGCGCCUCCCAACCAUUCGCAAUGGAUUAAAAAGGAGACGGGCGUGUUGUGCUACGUGAAGGACAACAGCAAGAAAAACUACUUUUUUCGCCUGUUCAAUUUGCGCCAAAACCAAAUGGUUUGGGAGCAUGAAAUGUACAGCAAUAUGGAGUAUAUUGAGUCAACCGCUUGGUUUCACAUGUUUGAAGGUGAAGACUGCAUUGUGGCCUUUAAUUUCGCUAACCAACAGGAAGCGCUGCAGCUGAAGGCUGCAGUCGAUCAGAAACUGAGCGCACUGAGAAGGAAGGAGGAGAAGAAGGCCAGGCAAGUAAACCAGACUCCAUCGAUAAAGUUACCACCUAAGACCCUUGAUUCUAUCGUCAAGCAGGAGCUCAGGCUGGAGAAAAGGAAACGGAACAUCACUAAGGCCGAUAUCAGUACUCCAAUGGACUUCGUGCACAUUUCCCAUGUCGGCUGGAAUCCCAAUACGGGCUUCGAUGUGGACAUUGCAGAUGAGCAGUUGAAGUCCCUCUUUGACACGGCAGGUGUUUCGAAGAAACAGCUGCAAGAUAAAGACACUCGGGAGUUUAUCUAUGAUUUUAUCAGCAAACAUCGCAAAUCGGCUCUGGAUGCGGACGCUAAUCCGCCAGUGGUGCCUCCAAGGGGCCCAACCAGGCCCACUUCGGCCAAUCCCAGGCCCGCGCCGCCACCCCCUCCAGUCCCCAAUCGGCAAGAUAACGCUCCAAGAAAACCCAGGCCGCCUUCGCCGCCGAAGUUUGCUAAGGGUGGGGCGGCGCCGCCGCCUCCUCCACCGCCGCCCCCAAUGGUCGAGAACGUUCCUCCGCCUCCGCCCAUGAUGGUCAGCAGUCUCCAGCCUCAAUCGCCUCCUGCUUUGGACGGCAACGCCGCUUUGCUGCAGAGUAUUCGCGAUGGAGCCACUCUGAAGCCGGUGGAGGAAAGAAAGUCGUCGCCAGUUGACGACGCUCGCGGCGAUUUGUUGAGCGCAAUUCGCAAAGGAAUCCAGCUGAAGCCGGUGGAUGAACGGGAAAUUAAGCCGGCUCAAGAUCCUUCUCCCAAUAGUACUGGAGGCAUCGAUUUAGCCAGGGCUCUGAAGCAGGCGCUUUUAGAGAGGAGCAAGCUGAUCCAUUCAGAGGACGAUGAUGAUGACACCAGCAGCACUUCCAACGAUGACGAUUGGGACGAUUGAGUUCAGUGCUCGACUAACUGAACGGUAGAUGUGCGAAUGAAUCAACUGUUCAGUUUAUAAUACUUUUAUUCUACGUACAACAACAAAAACAAUAAAAUAUUACAGCUAGAAGCCUUUGUUACAUAUAUAAACAAAAAAUACUAUAACAGUCUACUUAUGUAUGUAUAUUUUUCACUACGGUGAUGUCGUCUUUACAUUUACAGAACAUUCUCAGGCGAAUAAAGCUCGAUUAACAUAAACCAGUA